GGCCCCGCCCUCGGUGAGGGUUUUACGACGCAUGCGCAGUGGUGCCGCCUGUGCUUUCUCCUUCACCGUGUCCAGCUGCACAUAACAGCGCUGCUAAAGUGUGCACAGUCCGUUGCUUUAAAGACAAAGAACCUCUCUCCAAAACAUUCCUGUUGCGCCUGUUUGCUCCUCCAUCGUCUGAAGAGACAUGGCAGAGACAGAGGAGUUUGUGGAGCUUCAGGACAAGAAUGGAGCAGGCCAGCAGGCUGAGUGCAAAGAUGUUUGUGAGAUGAGUCGGCACCACACGCCCAAAAGCCCCGGUACAAUGGCUGUUCCUCCUGCAUACUCAGACUUGGGAAAGUCUGCCAAAGACAUCUUCAACAAAGGCUUUGGUUAUGGAGUUUUAAAGCUCGACAUAAAGACCAAGUCUCAGAGUGGCGUAAUGGAGUUCGCCACUUCCGGCUCCAACAACACGGACACGGGGAAGUCUGGAGGCCACCUGGAGACCAAGUACAAGCUGAACGAGCUGGGCCUUAGCUUCAACCAGAAAUGGAACACCGAUAACACGCUCACCACAGAGAUCACCAUGGAGGACCAGCUGGCGAAGGGCUUGAAGCUUGGUCUCGACUCGUCAUUUGUGCCAAACACCGGCAAGAAGAGUGCCAAACUGAAGACCGGUUACAAGCGGGAAUAUAUGAACCUGGGCUGCGACCUGGACUUUGACAUGGCUGGCCCGACCGUCCACGCCGCCGCCGUGCUGGGCUACGAGGGUUGGCUGGCCGGGUACCAGCUGGCUUUUGACACCGCUAAGUCUAAGCUUGCUCAAAACAAUUUUGCCCUUGGAUACAAAGCUGGCGACUUCCAGCUUCACACCCAUGUAAAUGAUGGCACAGAGUUCGGAGGCUCCAUUUACCAAAAAGUGAACAAUAGCUUGGAGACGGCGGUUCACCUGGCGUGGACGGCGGGCAGCAACAACACGCGCUUUGGUAUUGGAGCCAAAUAUCAGCUGGAUAAAGAUGCCAGCCUUUCUACUAAGGUAAACAACGCCUGCCUUGUUGGAGUUGGAUACACGCACACUCUUAGGCCAGGAGUGAAGCUCACCCUCUCUGCCAUGAUUGAUGGGAAGAACGUAAAUGGCGGCGGACACAAAGUGGGAUUGGGUUUUGAGCUGGAGGCAUAAAAUUCAGGAGAACAGAUGAGAGGAAAGCGGCGCAGGGAGAGGAGGAGGAUCCCACACAGAUAUGCAGACACACUCUCUUCAGCCUUAACCUGAAACCCAAAGCAGCCUGGAAGACCUUACAGUACUGUAAUCCACUCCGACUCAUGUCUGGGAUAGAAAAUAAAAUCUUUUAAAUAUAUUUUACCAGAGUACAAUUCCUCUCUAAUAAUGUGCUGCUUUAAAAAAACCUUCAGGAUCUCACUUGCGUGCUCUCUGAAAUGUUUUAAAGUCUCGUUUAGUUUAUGUGGUCAGUCUGAGUUCAAGAAGUUUUGUUAUGCAGUGUUUCUUUUGCACGUUUUCAAGGCAAGAGGGAUGAUUUUAAAGGUUAGUCAUUGGCAGAUAAAGCCAAUCCUCUUGAUCUUAGUCUCAAGCUGUGAAUAAUUAGCUGCCUGAACGUCUAAUUUUGGCUCCUCUUGUUGACUAAAGCGGAGGCAGACUUCAGUUUAGGCCUCUAUCAUCUCCUCUGUCUCGUUCUGUCUUCCGUCUUCCAGCAUUGACCUUCACACUUCACCUCUGUCCUUUCUAUAAUAGGGCAAAGAAAUUAGAACCUCAAAGUAAUUUUAAUGAAUAAAUAUCAGU